UGCCAUUUUACUAACCUUAAAAGUUGUCAGUUUACUUAUAAAUAAAUAAACAAUAAAAACUAUGAAAAAUAUUCUCUAGCCUCCAUAAAUAAAAACAAAUACCAAAUAACUUAUUUCUGUUGUUUAAACAAAAAUUUAUUUAAACAAUGGAUAUUGUAGAACUAAAAGAUGUAAAAACAAUUCAAGAUAUCAUACAUGCAUAUCCAGAUAAAAUUAAAAAUCAAUCAGUACCAUUAGUUAUUGAUAAUGGAUCAUAUAAUUGUAGAGUGGGUUGGGCAACAGAAAAAGAGCCUCAAUUAGUAUUCAAAAAUUUAAUAGCAAAACCACGAAAAGAACGAGGUAAAAAAGAUGGAGAAGUGCAAGUCGGCAACGACAUAACAAAUAUUGAAUCAGUACGUUUUCAAUUAAAAACACAAUUUGACCGUAAUGUCGUAACACAUUUCGAAGCUCAGGAACAAAUAUUCGACUAUACUUUUACUCACAUGGGUAUUGAUACUGAAGGCUGCGUUAAUCAUCCAAUUAUUUUGACUGAAGCAUAUCUAAAUCCCAAUUACACAAGAAAUCUUAUGGCAGAACUGCUGUUUGAAUGCUACAGCGUUCCAUCAAUAGCUUACGGUGUGGACUGUCUUUUUUCUUAUCAACAUAAUAAUUGUCCUCCUUAUGGACUUAUCGUCAGUAUUGGGUACCAUACGACACAUAUAAUCCCUAUUGUUGGUGGUAAAGUUGAUGCUGUCAAUUCUAGGAGAAUAAAUGUCGGUGGUUUUCAUGUUAUUUCAUAUAUGCACAGAUUACUACAGCUGAAAUAUCCAGUUCAUGUUAAUGCUAUUACUCCUAGUCGAUCUGAAGAAAUCGUACACGAAUAUUCAAGUGUUUCACUAGAUUACCAAGACGAGAUAUCAAAAUGGGCAGACCCUGAUUAUUAUGACGCAAAUGUAUUGAGAAUACAAUUACCAUACGUAGCACCAGUUACAACUCCUGGGUUGACAGCAGAGCAACAGAAAGAACGUAAGCGUGAAUUAGCGCGUCGUUUGAUGGAGAUGAAUGCUCGUAAACGAGAAGAAAGACUUGCUGAAGACGAGGAGCAGCUGAAUCAAUUGCUGGCAGUAAAAGAUCUGAUAGAAGAAGGCGAGCUUGAAGAAUUUGAAGAAGCUAUAAAAUCAUUUAAAAUUACAACCGAAGCUGAGUUAAAUAAAAUGAUAAAUAAUUUACAGGCUAAAAUAGAAAAAACAAAGCAAAAAAUAGUUGCUGCUAAUUCACAGGAAGAUAAUGGUGGUGCUGAGGAACAAAAAUCUAAAAUAAAACCCAUUUUACAGCCGAAAAAUCAAGCAGAUUUUGAUGAAUGGAUUUCCGGUCUAAGGAAAAGACGACAAGAAAUAAUUGAUAAAAAAUCAGCUAAGCGGCAGCGGAGACAAGAUAUGGCUAAACGAAGAACAGCAGCAGCGCAAGAAAGAAUGCGUAUAAUAAGUCAGUUAGCAAGAAAAGAAAAACGUGAUGACGAUUUCGGAAUGAGAGACGAAGACUGGGACGUCUACAAAGCUAUUAAUAGAGAAGGCGGAGAUUCGGAUUCUGAAUUAGAGCAAGAACGUCUUCUGGAAGUUGAAGAAGCUUUACGUCAACACGAUCCUGAGUUUGAUGGUCCGGGUUCAAAUGUGCCCGUAAUACCUGGCGAAACUCAUCAAUUACACGUCGGAUUAGAGCGUAUUCGAGCUACAGAAGUACUUUUUCAGCCUUCAAUGAUCGGAUUAGUAGAAGCUGGUAUCCCUGAGACAAUUGAUUUCGUAUUAAAACUUUAUACAGCCCAAGUACAGUCACAGCUUGUGUGCAAUGUAUUUUUAACCGGUGGAACUGCCAGAUUUCCGGGUGUACUCGAACGACUGAAUCGUGAACUGCAAGAAAUUAGACCGUUUAAAUCAAAUUUUAAAAUUAAUAUCGCUAAAAAUCCCAGUCUUGACAGUUGGCAUGGCGCACGUGACUUUGGUACCAAUGAAAAUCUACCAGAAUUUUUGGUAACCCGACAAGAGUAUGAAGAGAAAGGCGGGGAAUAUUUGAAACAACACUCAGCAAGUAAUAUUUAUACCAAAUCACCAGAUCCGUUGCCGCUGGUACAGCCAAUUCUUGUAUCCGAGCAAAUGGUCGUUGAGGAUGCGGUCGUUGACGUUGAGAUGGAAUAAUUUUUUUUUUAUUUACUAAAUUAAAUGUAUAAAGUAAUCUCGUAAUUGAGAUAAAUAAAUAA